AUGAAUCUUCACCUGAAUCUUCUCAUCGCACUGGCCAUGGGCGCGAUGGCUAUGCCCACAUCUGAGACAGCACAUCGUGGACUCAAAAGAAAUGGGAUCUCGGCAAGUGCAGGCCAGUUGAAGAGCAGAGGCGAGAAAGGCUCUCCAGGCAGAACCGCGCUGAGGAUUGGGGCUCCUGUUGAUUGGAAUGCGGCAUUUUAUCUUCUCCCCAUGUGUAUGACGGGAUCAGAGCGAUACGGUGCAAAGCUGAGGCUGGAAAUCAAGACGUAG